CUCAGUUUCUCCCGAGCGGCGGCAGAGUAAGGGUGUGUGCCGCGAGCGUCCCGCCAUGUUGUGUGAGCUCGCGCCCUGCAGCCCUUGCUAGCCCCUUGUGUGGCCCUCCGCCCCGAUGUGAUGCGGCCCCAGGAAAAGACGAUGAGGCUCAAGAUCCGCAGUGUACUACAGCAGGCGGCCGCAGCGUGCGGGGCGCUGACUGUGUGUGUGUUGGUGCUCCAAAACUUAGCUCCCAGCCUACAGGACUCUGCGGCGGAGGCGGAGCGGCCCGCCUCGCCGAGGUUCCUUCCCGUGCAGUCCUGGCCAGAGCGAGCCCCGAGGUCCCUCGGCCGAGACUAUGAGGCCCCCGCCGCGGCGGGCGACACCAACUCCCUGCCCGGGGAGGGCGAGGCCGCUGGGGGACGGAGGGCGGAAGAGCUGGAGGAGGAGGAGGAGGCCAAGCAGAGGCGUCUCCUCAACACUCUUGUAGCCACGGCAACAGCCCAGCCAGCCACCAGCCUCGACGACGUCUUCAUCACCGUCAAGACGACGCGGGGGUUCCAUCACACGCGCCUCGACCUCAUCCUCCAGACGUGGUUCAAUCUGGCGCGGCAACAGACGUGGUUCUUCACUGAUGUUGACGACGAGGAGUACCAGAGGAAGACAGGCGGUCACCUCAUCAACACCAACUGCUCAGCGUCCCACAACAGGCGCGCGCUCUGCUGCAAGAUGGCGGCGGAGUUUGAUGCCUUCCUGAAUUCCGAUAAGAAGUGGUGGUGUCACUUCGACGACGACAACUACGUGAACGCCGCCCAGCUGGUGACGACCCUUGCAGACUACGACCCCCUGCACGACUGGUACCUCGGCAAGCCCUCCAUUCGAGCCCCGCUGGAGAUCAUCAACAGAGACAACGUAUCGCAAAGAAUCUCCUUCUGGUUCGCUACGGGCGGGGCCGGAUUCUGCAUCUCCCGUUCCCUCGCUCUCAAGAUGAUGCCGAUCGCUGGAGGUGGAAAAUUUAUCAGCGUCGGGGAGAAAAUUCGCCUGCCAGAUGACGUGACGAUGGGCUACAUUAUUGAGCACCUCCUAAAAAAGAAGCUGACGGUGGUGGACGAGUUUCAUUCUCACUUGGAGCCAAUGAGAUUCCUAAACACUGAUUCCCUCGGCCGGCAGGUGAGCUUCAGCUAUUCCCAGUACGGCACCGAGAUGAACGUAUUGCCCCUGGACGGCCUCGACCCCCGCCUCGACCCUACCAGAAUGCUGUCGCUGCACUGCAAACUCUACCCCAACUUCAAAUUCUGCCCGUCAACGUAGCGCACGGCGAGGUGGGGAGACGAAGGAGCUUGCCAACCAACGCUCACCAGCCUCUCCCGCCCCGGCCCGCGCCAGCACCAAGCGACGCGGGGGCUCGGGAAAGACAAGCCUGGGUCGGUGGUAUUUUCAGACGCUUCCACUCACCUCUCACGUCAACUACUUCCAAAGGCCGAACAUUAGAUCAGUGGGGUUUUCACGAGUGUUUUCUUCGUCCACGGUACAGAAGAAGGGUCAAACUACUACCAGGGUCAUAAAAGCGCCUCUGGAAAUGCCCGAAACACCUACGAAAACCCUGUCAAAUGUGAGUGAGUAAGCGGUGGAGUGUUUGAGGAUAUGGUCCUGGGGUUGUAACCUUAGCGGGGAGGUGCGCGUGGACGUUGAGCGAGCUGUGUUUUCCCCUUGAACGCUCGCUGUGUGCUGAUUUGAAGUGCUGUACUGCUGUGAUACGGAGGGUUUAGAUGCUCAAUGCUACGGGGAGAGAGGUCGAAAGAGGUGGUGAGGGGGGAAGGGGGAGUUUAGGAGAGGGAGAGAAGAGAAAGUUUAUCUGCUCACACUAUAUCAUUCAUGCAUUGUGCUGCUCUCAAGGUUGCCCGCCCGCCUGCCUGCCUGCUUGCUCUCUGCCUGUCUGUCUGUCUAUUUUGGUUGUUCUUUUUCUGCAUUUUCUUUUGUGUUGUCUUGUGUUUUCUCUCUUUGGUGUGUGAUAUCUUUCUUGCUAUUCUUUGUUUUCUUUUCUUUUUUUCUUUUUUUCAUUUUCUGUCUUCAUGUAAUUCUUUUUCGUUUACCUUUUUGUUACGUUAUUCAGUGCCAUUCUCUUCCUACCUCCCUUCCUUCCUUCCUACUUUCCAUCUUUUCCUUCUCUUCUUUCUUCUUCACCCCCAUUUUCCUUCCUUUCUUUCCCUUCUUUUCCUUCCUCCCUUUUCUCCUUUAUUCUUCUUUCCCUUCCCUCCUUCCUUCCUUUAUUCACGUGUUCGCGGGCAACCUCAUCACGAGUUUUCUCAUUUAGCUUAGAUUCUCCACAUUGUAUAAAAAAGACAUUGUUAUUUUGUUGUGUUUGUGAUCACUAUAUUGUAUGCAUGAGAGAGAGAGAGAUGCUAGUCACACGUGUAGGUUUAUAAUAUGUGUACACUACUGACACACACACACACACACACACACACACACACACACACACACACACACACACACACACACUCUGCACUGUGAUAAAAAUACAUAUACUAAUAGUUUUCUUCAAGUGCCUCUCAUGUUAGGAACCAUUUCUAUGCACUUUUAAUAUUCCGAAAAAAACUUAUCCUUAUCAAUACUUACUCAUUUCUUUUAUUAUAUUUAUUCCCUUUUUAUAAUCUCACGUAAAUAAACCUUUGCAAUGAAAGUUGAUAUUAUAUUGUAUACAUUUUUACUAUCAGACUUUUAUCCUUACUUAUAUAAAGACGGUUUUGAUGUAUAUUUGUAAAUAAAGAGAAUGAAAUAUG